AUGAUUGAGAGAGAGCAGACGUGUGCCAUUAAAGGCCGGUUGAUGUGGGACAACCUCUGCACACUGAGAGAAAUGAUCAACAAACCCGGGAAGAAAGACUUCUAUAUAAUUGGGCUGGACCAAAAGAAAGCCUUUGAUUAUGUUUCCAGAGAGUAUUAUGGGAGAAAAACCGGAGGCAAAGCCAGAGCUAAGGCCAAGACCAGGUCCUCCCGGGCCGGUCUCCAGUUCCCGGUCGGCCGUGUCCACAGGCUCCUGAGGAAGGGCAACUACGCCCAGCGGGUCGGUGCCGGAGCCCCCGUGUACCUGGCGGCGGUGCUGGAGUACCUGACCGCUGAGAUCCUGGAGCUGGCCGGAAACGCCGCCCGGGACAACAAGAAGACCCGGAUCAUCCCCCGCCACCUGCAGCUGGCGGUCCGCAACGACGAGGAGCUCAACAAGCUGCUGGGCGGGGUGACCAUCGCUCAGGGCGGCGUGCUGCCCAACAUCCAGGCCGUCCUGCUGCCCAAGAAGACCGAGAAGCCCGCCAAGAAGUAAAAUGGCGGAUUUCUGACUGCUGGG